UAGAGCCGGAGCUGCCGCGGCAGUCGUCGAGCAGGUCCGCGCCCCGCUGAUUCCGGUCCCGGAGCGUCGCCCGGCGCGCCGGCUAGCGAGCCGCCCUCUUUCUUCAUUAGCUCCUCUCCUUCUCGCUCAGUUUGCCGGGAGCGUGAAAAUAGAAGGCCGGGGGAAGCUCCAAACCCCUUCUGCUCCUGCCCAUCGCGAGUGCAACUACCGCCAUGGGCCUCACCAUCUCCUCCCUCUUCUCCCGCCUCUUCGGCAAGAAGCAGAUGCGCAUUUUGAUGGUUGGAUUGGAUGCUGCUGGCAAGACGACCAUUCUGUAUAAACUGAAGUUAGGGGAGAUAGUCACCACCAUUCCUACCAUUGGUUUUAAUGUGGAAACAGUAGAAUAUAAGAAUAUUUGUUUCACAGUAUGGGAUGUUGGUGGCCAAGAUAAGAUAAGGCCUCUCUGGAGGCAUUAUUUCCAGAAUACCCAGGGUCUUAUUUUUGUGGUAGAUAGCAAUGAUCGUGAAAGAAUUCAGGAAGGAGCUGAAGAGCUGCAAAAAAUGCUUCAGGAAGAUGAGUUGCAAGAUGCAGUGUUGCUGCUUUUUGCAAAUAAACAGGAUUUGCCAAAUGCUAUGGCCAUCAGUGAAAUGACAGAUAAAUUAGGUCUUCAGUCUCUUCGUAACAGAACAUGGUAUGUUCAAGCCACUUGUGCUACACAAGGAACUGGUCUGUAUGAGGGACUUGACUGGCUGUCAAAUGAGCUUUCAAAACGUUAAAUGAAACUGGAUAUCUAAUCAAGGACAUGUUGGAUAGAAUUUGUCUAGGCUUGUUACAACAAAAUUAGUUUGCAUCUUGGUUAUUAAACAGUAUCUGGGACUGGUUUGGGCAGAAUAUUACAGCGUUUAAACUUAUUUUGUUGCCAAUUAUUGUUUACCAAGUAUAAUGUUGCACUUUAGCAAUAUGCUUGGUUUUAAAGAAAUUAUCUUUAACUUGGAGGGGAAAAAGUGCCCUCUUUUAAUUUUACUUCCCUUAAGCCUAAAUGCCUGGACUUAGCUAUUGUGACACCUUUAAAUAAAUCCGUUUUAAAUGUUUUUUGAGCCCACAGAAAAUAAUGUUUUAAAGUUAUCCCCUUGCUACUUUACUGAUACCUUUAUCAUUCCUGGGACAGUCUGCUGAUUUAAAAAUAAAAAUGUAGCAUUCCA